AUUAUCAUUCAGUCGAGAGCCGCAGCUCGAGAACGUUCGUCGUCCGUUUUUUCUUUUUCCUCACUUAUAUCACGUCUUGCUCCGGUUAGGAUGAGCUAUUUCUUUUCCUUUCUGUAAAGUCAGAUGAACUCGAGUAUGGACAUCAUGUGGCCCAAGUUAGAAACAGCACUGACGACGACAAUCCACUCGGCGAGUUACGUCCAGAUCACCGUAAUAGCCGCGUUCUUCUACUGGCUACUGCAUGCAAGGAUACGCGCCAUGGUGGACGUCAUGUCGGCCAAGCUGUACGAAGUGUGUUCCUCACCUUACGAAGGAAGCUCUGGGAAUGGCGUGAAGCAAAGCUCUUCCUCACUUCACCACCAGCUCACACAGUACCAGCUUCGUAAACGGGAAAAUGUUAUGAAAUCCAAGAAUUCGGCGAUAAACUCAUACGAAAAUGCGCUUUUUGAAACAAAAGAAUCAAUUUGGAAUGGUGUCACACAAACUGAACGGAGACCAGUCGUCGGCCUGAGCUGCCAGAGCUGUACGCCUACCAGUAGAAAAAACUUACCAGAGCAAGAAAAUCUUCCGAUAGUCAAUGUUUUGAGGUUGGAUGACUACAAGAGGUCUUACAGCUUUUUAAAUGGAACUUUUGCCACUAUCUUUCACUGUUUAACAUUCAAACAUUACAAUUUUCCGUAUAUUUUUGGCACGGUAUUAGAAGACAGUAAUGUUAAAGAAUCGAUAACAGCCGCAGCAAAAGUUAUUGCAUCUGAACUUGGAUGUACCGAUGAAAGGGGGCUUUCACUCAUUAUUGAAAGACAGAGGAAGCGUGCUGAAAAAAUUCUUAGUUUAAUGCAUUCCAAGCUUUCAAAUUUUGUGAUUAGAAUAUCAUCAUGGGUAUUUUACAAAACUCUUCCUUUACUAUUCAAAUCCGUUUCCAUCCCUGAAGGACAGUUGCACAUGCUUAAGAAAGCUGCUGCUUCAGGGCUUCCGCUUAUAUUUCUCCCUCUGCACAAAUCCCACAUUGAUUACAUCGCAGUCACAUUCACCCUUUGCAACAACAACAUAAGGUCGCCUUUGGUUGCAGCGGGAGAGAACUUGAGAAUUCCAAUUUUUGGUCGGAUCCUACAAGGUUUAGGGGCUUUCUACAUUAAAAGGAGGAUAGAUCCAGUUUCAGGGAAGAAAGACAAGGUCUAUCGGGCCAUUUUACAAACCUACAUGACGCAGUGUCUACAAGCUGGACACUAUUUUGAAUUUUUUAUUGAAGGAGGUAGAACUAGAACAGGAAAACCUUGCAAUCCAAAAGGUGGACUUCUUUCUGUAUUCGUCGACGCCUACCUAAAUGGACUUCUUGAAGAUGCGUUGCUUGUCCCUGUCAGUGUAAAUUAUGAAAAAAUUGUUGAGGGUUCGUUCGUCAGAGAGCAGACGGGAGAUGAAAAACAACCUGAGAGUUUCAUGACUGCGAUCAAAGGGAUUUACAAAGCACUUACUAGUCACUAUGGAAUUGUUCGAGUCGACAUCAACCAACCAUUUUCAUUGCAUGAGCUUGUGAGAUCCUUCCAAGGCAAAAUAAGAACAUCUGGUGGUAGUUUACAUGUCGUGCCAUCUUCAGCUUCCCUUUAUGGUACUGACAUUGUAAUCGAAGAACAGAGGCAACUUGUUGACAGCAUAGCGCGCCACAUAAUUUAUGAUUGCAGCCAGUCUACUGCUGUCAUGUCAACAAACGCCCUGGCUUUUCUUCUGCUGAACAUUCAUCGAAAAGGGGUGACUCUGGCUGAUCUAACCUACUCCUUAGACAAGCUAAGGGAUGAAUUGAUAUCUACAGGAAAGGACAUGGGAUUUACUGGGGAGUCAAAAGAUGUGUUAGAACACGCGAUUGAACUCCUUGGACCAGGUUUAAUUCAGAGGGAGAAAACAGCCGAUGGAGAUGUAUUCAUAAAGCCAGUUACCCUUCUGCCCAAUAUCAUUGAAUUAGCUUAUUACAAUAAUACACUACUUCCACAUUUUGCCUUGGAAGGUAUAAUUGGGCGAACAUUGCUGUACCUUUCUGCCAAUUCGCCCACAGAAAUGAUCUCUUUUGAUAAAAUCAUUGACUGUUCUAUUUACCUCUGUGAAAUACUUCAGUUUGAAUUCAUAUUCACAAAAACCUGCCAGUCUCUCAACGAUGCCAUUUUUGACACCAUGGACGUUUUUACCCUUAAUGAAAUAGUGACAUCGUUGCAGAGUACGAAAAGUACAUCUCAAUCUGGAGCUAGGCUACCGAGAAGUUUGGAUAUUAUAGACGAUGAUGAAGAUGAAGAUUUCAUUCCAGCUAGCCCAUUUUAUAAAGUCAAUCGCUCGGAACCAAAGUUGAAAUAUUAUGGGGCUCUACUUCGUCCAAUUUUGGAUACUUAUUUUUGUGUUUUUUCUCAUCUACAAAUGCUUAUUGGGAAACAAGUGGUCGAGAAAGAACUUAUAAAGGAAAUUUUAAACAUUAUAAGGAGACAACUCAGUUUAGGGGUUUUAACUUGUGGGGAAUCACUUUCUACUGAGACGAUAAAGAAUUGCCUCAAACUCCUUGAAAAGUGGCACAUUCUUGACUGCAUCAAUGUAUCGGGGACCAAACUGUACUACCUGAAUAAAAAUUUCAACACAGAAGUGAGUUUAGAGUCUGUUGUCGACAGAGUGGAAAGGUAUAGGCAAGGAGAUGUAGAAAAUUAAG